AUUAGUGAAGCUAAUUACUUAUUUAUAGAAACAACGAACACUAUAUAAAGAAAUUGAAUUAGCGAAUGAGUAAUAUUCAAAUAAUGAGUACAAUGUUCUUUAAGAGUAUUAUUUUAGUCUAUUUGUGUGUCGGUUUCAGUAAAGGUGUGGUUUACGAUUAUUUUACAGGUAAACCUGUGUCAGAGGAACAAUUGAACACUUAUGAAGAUCUGGGCGUCACUGAUACCUGCACGAUAGACAUCAAACCUUGUGAUGAAAAUGAACGGAGUCGAGUAGACGGGUCUUGUAACAACCUGAACAGUCCAGCUAGAGGGACCUAUUUCUCGCCUCUGGUUAGAGUACUGCCUCCAAUUUAUCAUAAUGGCUAUCUUGCCAGAAAGUCGGUAUCUGGAAAGGAACUACCUUUACCUAGAAAAGUCCGGGUAGAUCUGUUAAAACAAGGGACCUCUAACCAUCCCAUUUUCAACCACAAUGUGCCGGGAUUUUUUGCGUUCCUCGUCAAUGACGUGGGAUCCAUUCAUGACGUUCAAAAUAUGUUGGGGCCUACAAACUAUUGCUGUGUGAAGGAACACAUGAACGAUUAUAAGUGUACUCCGAACUUGAUACCUGAUGAUGACCCGGUGCAUAGGUACUCAGGUAUUAAAUGCAUGAAUAGCACUAGACCACUUACCUAUCAGGACUACAACUGCACAAAAGAACCUAUACCUGCCCCAAUAAAAGAAGCCACCUCCCAAUUUGAUAUCUCACAAAUAUACAACUUGAAAAAUAAAGGAGAUAAGGCUGUAAGAUCCUUUCAUAAAGGACAACUGGCUGUGGAAGAAGAAGAUGGAAAACUGUUUCCUCCAAAUGGACCUCGUUCCUCCUGUCCUAAUAAUGUGGGAAAUGAGACUAGAUGCUUCAAAAACUACAUAAAUGCUUUGAUGUCAAUAUAUUUGUUCACCAUAUGGUUUGUGAGGAAUCACAACUACAUAGCUAGUCGGCUAGCUGAAGUCAAUCCAUGCUGGGACGAUGACAUGCUGUUUGGAGCUGCUAGAGACAUCAACAUUGCUUACUCUCAGCAAUUACAUCUGUAUGAGUGGAUGGUGGCUUUACAAGGUCGUGACAAUCUGAUCAAAGCUGGAAUUAUAACAGAAGAUGGUGGAUUCAGAGAUUUGUAUAACAAAAACAAUUAUCCUCGAGUCACGCUGGAGUAUGAUUUUGUUGCACGCUGGUUCCACCUGUUUCAAGCAUCGACAGCUAAGUUGUACGACAAACACGGAAAGCACAUCAAUGACUUUCCCAUUGCUAAUGUUACAUUCAGAAUGGGUCUGCUAGCCAAGGAUAACAAUAUGGAAUACUUUUCUCAGAGCAUGUUCAGAGCUCCUUGCAGCAACGCCGAUGGCAGUAUAGAGGCUGAUCUCGCCAAUCGCGGAGCACCAGGUGUUCAAAUCAGCCUUGAUGUUACAGCUGGUGACGUGAACAAGGGUCGCAACUUAGGAAUACGUCCUUAUGUUGAUUAUGCUAAGCAUUUCUUAGGGCUCAACAUUACUAGCUUUGAAGAUCUGGCUGAGCUCAUACCGAACGAUAAACUUCUAAUAUUACAAGAUUUGUAUGAAGAUGUUAGAGAUAUAGAUUUGAUAGCUGGUCUGUGGGUGACAAAGAAGAUGGAAGGAGGGCACAUACCUCUUCUUCUUGCUAAAUUCUUGAAUGAUAAUAUACUAAGGUCUAUUAAGAGUGAUCGACAUUGGUAUGAAAGACCUAAUAGACCGUAUGCGUUUAAUGAGGCUCAAUUGGCGGAGAUAAGAAAAGUAACUUUGGCAUCAUUAAUGUGUACUGUCGGUGAUGGUGUCAUUGAAGUACCGAAACAGGCUUUUCUCAAUAUUUCUCCAGAAAACCCAUUGGUGAGUUGCAGUGAAAUACCGAAUAUCAACUACAGUGCUUGGAAGGAUCCAUCUUGUAACAGCUACAACAAGGCAUGUCAAUAUUAAAGUGUUUAUUUGAUCAGAUGUAUAACACAAUGUUUCUGUAUGUAGUAAAACA